GGUAGAUUAUAUUAUAUUAUAUGUUAAUUUUUAAGAAAUAUUGAGUCUAUUGUCUAGUUUUUUUUAGUUAUAUAUGCUUAAACCUCUGAUGGGAAACUAAUUUUUUUACUAUAUUUCCAAGUGUAAUGUUAUUUAUUAUGGUAUAUGAAUUAAAAUUGUGUUGUUUUUUUUUUUUUUUUGUUACAACAUGUAAUAUAAUAUAAUAUAAUAUGUUAUUUAAUAAACCUAACUCUAAAAGUUCAAAAUAAAUGUUUAGGUUGUUAAAAUAAAUAUUAUUUUAUGCCUUUAUGGUUUAAUUAUUACAGUUUAUAUAAAAAAUAACAUUUUUUAAAUAAAAUAUUAAGUAAUAUUAUUUUUACAAUUUUUAUGUUUUUAUUUUUUUGAAUAACAAUAUAUAUUUUAACUAUAACUAUUUGUUAAAACUAUUGAAUAAUAAUUAAAAGCUAAAAUUACUUUAAUAAUGAUCUCAGUUAACUGAAAAUGAUAAAAAUAAUUUUUAUUCAAGAUAAAAUUGAGUAGGUAUUUUUUAUUUUUUAAAUUUAAAUUAUUCAGCAAUGAUCAACUAAUUUAUUUAAGAUUAAUAGAAUAAUAUUAUUUUAUUGGCAUGUAUUGAAUGUAUAAUAUAUUCCGCCGUGGAAGUAAUGCGCAAGCGAUCCCCACGGCGUCGUCGAUUCCAACCAGGAAAAAAAAGUAUAUUAUGUAUAUACCUACAUCGUGACAUACAGUCACAGUAUAUCCAUUUACUAAUGUAAAAAGCCAUAAUUAAUUUUAACUCAAUGUCUUGCAGGUAUGUUAUUAUCCAAACUAUAAAUGAUUGUUGCUGAUGAUCGUGGUUUAUGUCCGAACAAGUGUGGUCAUAAAUAUAAAGGAAAUGAAAAAUGGCCUAAAUAUAAUCUGAAGAAUCAUCUGAUGUACCUAUGGAUGCAAAAUAAUGGACCAUACUUCUUGAAUAGUUCAAAUAGUUGGUAUAAUGAUUUACAAUGCAAUAACAGUAAUAAAUGGUUAAAUGUUAACACUGAUCAUUCAAAUUUGAAGGUGAAAUCAUUGUAUGAACUUCGAAUGAAAGUAUUAAAUAAACGGCUUGAACAGCUUAUGUUUAAUAGCCGGUACCCUGGAAAAUAAAUUUGAUCUUAGCAAACUGAUUAAACAAGUUUCUUACUCGGAAAAUCGGAUUUCUUCAAUUAAAUAUUUUAAACUUAACGUAUAACAAAUGUUGUUAAAUUUUAAUAAAUUAUUAUAUUUCAUUAAUGUUAA